CUACUGGAGAAGUCAGACCUUCAUGCGGUGCUGGCUGAUAAGCUGCAAGCAGAAAAAUAUGACAUGCAGAGCAGACACGAGAUCAGUCCAGGACACGAUGGCACCUGGAAUGAUGCUCAGCUGCAGGAGCUGGCACAGCUGAAGAUAAAGCAUCAGGAGGAGCUGACAGAGCUGCAUAAGAAACGUGGCGAGCUGGCCCAGUCCGUGAUUGAUCUGAAUAACCAAAUGCAGCAGAAGGACAAAGAGAUGCAAAUGAAUGAAGCAAAGAUUGCAGAGUAUUUGCAGAAGAUCUCUGAGCUGGAAACAGAGUGCCAGGAAUUGCGGAGCAAACUGCAAGACCUCGAGCGAGCCAAUCAGACCCUGAAAGAUGAAUACGAUGCCCUCCAGAUCACCUUUAAUGCCUUGGAGGAGAAACUGAGGAAAACUACCGAAGACAACCAGGAGCUGGUCUCGCGUUGGAUGGCAGAGAAAGCACAAGAAGCCAAUCGUUUGAAUGCGGAAAAUGAAAAGGAUUCAAGGAGACGACAAGCCAGGCUGCAGAAGGAGCUAGCAGAAGCUGCCAAAGAACCCCUGCCUGUUGAACCGGAUGACGAUAUUGAAGUGCUUGCAGACGAAACCUCUGACACAGCCGAGGAGACCUCUCCGGUGCGAGCCAUCAGCCGAACGUCCAGUAAGCGACUCUCCCAGCCAGCUGGAGGCCUUCUGGACUCUAUCACUAAUAUCUUUGGGAGGCGUUCUCUGUCCUCGUUCCCUGCUCCCCAGGAUAACGUGGAGCCACAUCCAGGUGCCAGUAAAGAAGUGAGAGUGCCCACUACUGCCAUUUGUGUCUUUGAUGCGCACGAUGGGGAGGUGAACGCAGUGCAGUUCAGCCCUGGCUCCCGGUUACUCGCGACAGGAGGCAUGGACCGGAGGGUGAAGCUUUGGGAAGUCCUGGGAGAUAGGUGCGAGCCCAAAGGGUCCCUCUCUGGCAGUAAUGCUGGGAUCACAAGCAUAGAGUUUGAUAGUGCUGGCUCUUACCUCUUAGCGGCUUCAAAUGACUUUGCCAGCAGAAUCUGGACGGUUGAUGACAAUCGAUUACGGCACACCCUGACGGGUCACAGCGGGAAGGUCCUGUCAGCCAAGUUCCUGCUGGACAACGCACGCAUCGUUUCGGGAAGCCACGACCGGACCCUCAAGCUCUGGGACCUCCGCAGCAAAGUUUGUAUCAAAACUGUGUUUGCAGGAUCUAGCUGCAACGACAUCGUAUGCACUGAGCAGUGUGUCAUGAGUGGACACUUUGAUAAGAAAAUUCGAUUCUGGGACAUCAGGACUGAAAGCAUAGUGAAAGAGCUGGAGCUGCUCGGGAGAAUCACAGCUCUGGACCUGAACUCGGAGCGAACGGAGCUCCUGACGUGCUCCCGCGAUGAUCUGCUGAAGAUCGUCGACCUGCGAGUCGCUGCCGUCAAGCAGACGUUCAGUGCCCAGGGAUUCAAAUGUGGCUCUGACUGGACGAGAGUUGUGUUCAGCCCUGACGGUAACUAUGUGGCUGCUGGCUCAGCUGAUGGGGCCCUCUACAUUUGGAAUGUGCUCACUGGGAAAUUGGAGAGGACGCUUGCAAAGCAUCACAGUUCUCCUAUCAAUGCAGUGGCGUGGUCACCAGCGGGUGCCCACGUGGUCAGCGUGGACAAAGGAAACAAGGCUGUGCUGUGGUCUGAAUUCUGACUGGAUGGAGGGUGAAGCGCGGAGCGUCCAGCGCCUCUGUGUGGUGGUGCUGGUCCGUGGCUGAACAGAACGGAGACCCGAGCCCAGAUCCAUCCCGAGCGAGGAUAUUAUCAAGUGCACGGGCUUCCCUUUCCAGAGGAAAGUUCUAAAGCAAUGGAGAAGGAGCCCGAGUCAGAGACUUCCUAUGGCCGUAACUGCACUGUGGCACUUGGACUCGGCAAGGGAUCGGCUGCUCUGGAUGGAGAGUGCCACUCGGCCAUGCCUUUACACGCAGUGUCUGUGCGCCAAGCGGAGCUGAAGAUACUGGCGGGAUUCCUCACCAGACAGCUGUGCCAAAUACCCUGUCACAUAAAUGUAUCUGCAGCACUUCUGAGUUGGAAAUGUUGGGAAGAAAGAGGUUACUGUGUAUGCUGACUUAAUCCGUGUCCUGUCUCCUGUGUUGGGUUCUCGUGGCCUAGUUUCAGGCAUGGGGUGAGAAGGGCCCGAAGCGUGGCCGGGUCC